AUGGGCUUGGGCCCGGGAGUUGGAGCGACUGGGAUUGGACCAGUAAGUAGCCCCCAGCUGUGUUUCGAAACGGGCGCGCGGCAUACGCCUUGGCAAGCUUUUAAGCUGUGCCGCUACGCGCAGUACCAUCAAGCCGUGAAAAAAAACUCUACCGUGCCGUCAGCCAGCCAAAAGUACGCAUCCCAAAAGCGAAUCCGUCCGAAUCGGCACAACAUCAAACCCCAGGAACUGGUAACAUUGCAUUCCAUCUCAACUCUGUCACAGCUCGGACUCAGGGGACACCCCUACGUUGAUGCCAAGCUGCAAAUCCCCCGGCCCCCAGCACGGCGUAACACCUUUUUUCCUUGGCGGAUGUGUGCCCUUUGUCUUUCCCGUCUGAUCGAGCCCGCAAAGCACGCGGUAAAUGAUAACGGGGCUUUGCAACCUUGCCGGCUACCGCUCCCUGCCUACCACUACCAGCCGGACUGGGGUUCGUCCCGGUUGUCUUUAUUUUUCUCGUUCAUCUCGGCACGCUGUACCUACAUUGUAAUUCAAAGUUUGAGGCUUCAUGGAAUAGAGACCCAUAAUGGCUGCCAACAUUGACACUAUUUGAUGACCUCUUGCCCCCCGUCCGAUCCCCUACAUGUGCGCUCGUUUCCUGUUCUAAAUA